AUGCAACGACUCAGCAGACCAAGAAGCACUUGGACCACCUUCUCCGGCGGCGUAGAGCGUGCAGGGCUCUUUGGGACGGCGAGAAGCGGCUCGUCUUCACUCUCGCGGACCCUCUUCGCCGCCACUUGCCCUCCAUCACGCGCACUGACAGUCGCUGGACGUUUGGCACCGAUGCGUACCUCUUCAAGUGGCGUAGCUCCCCUGUUCACCUCUGCCAGGCCCGGAAUCGCCGCACGCGUGUUCCCGCGACUCGCCACAGCAACGAACGGUGCGGCCCUUCGGCCCGCCACCUUGCUGAGGCGAGCCAACUCCACCGUCACGCACCAGGCCACCCAGCCCGGCGUUAUGCCGAAGGUGGCCGCAGCGACAUGGCACGACGUGCCCACGUCGAUGAAGGUGUGGAUCGCCGGCUGCACGGCCACCGUCUUCGGCAUGGUCGUCGUCGGCGGACUCACCCGCCUGACCGAGUCUGGCCUCUCCAUGGUGGACUGGGGCGUGCUGCAGAUGAAGCCGCCCAUCACCCAGGAGGAGUGGGAGGCCGAGUUCGAUAAAUACAAGCAGUUCCCCGAAUACAAGAAGCUCAACUCCAAGAUGACGGUCGAGGAGUUCAAGAGUAUCUACUACUAUGAGUGGGCUCAUCGCAACCUCGGUCGCUUCCUCGGUGCCGCGUACACGCUGCCCCUCCUCUAUUUCACCGCGCGCGGCCACGUCCGGGGCCCUCUCCGCACACGGCUCUACGCCAUCGCCGCAGGCAUCGGCUUCCAGGGCCUCCUGGGCUGGUACAUGGUCAAGUCCGGUCUGGUCGAGAAGGACCACCCGCGUGUGAGCCAGUACCGGUUGGCCGCGCACCUGGGCUCCGCGUUCGUUCUCUACACGGCCAUGCUGUGGACCACGUUCGACUUUGUCCUCACGCCGCUCACCACCACCGCCAAGCUCACCACGUCCGCCGCGGCUUCGGCAGCCGCCGCGUCCGCGCCGACCGUGCUCAAGCUGCAGGCCAAGAUGCGGAAGUACGCGCACGGCGUGGCCGGUCUCGUCUUUCUCACCGCCAUCUCUGGCGCCUUCGUCGCGGGGCUCGACGCGGGUCUCAUCUACACCGACUUCCCCUACAUGGGCGGCCAGCUCGUGCCAAAUGAGAUUCUCGACAUGGACCCCAAGUGGCGCAACUUCACCGAGAACGAUGUAACGGUGCAGUUCCAGCACCGUGUCUUGGGUAUCACCACCUUCUCCUCUAUUGUCGCCAUGUGGCUGUGGUCCAGAAAGGUCCCGCUCCCACCGCGUUCUCGUCUGGCCAUGAACGCGUUGCUGGGCAUGGCGUCGCUGCAAGUCACCCUGGGCAUUGCCACCCUCUACACGCUCGUCAUGACCCACGUCGCCGCCACCCACCAGGCCGGCUCUCUCACGCUCCUCUCGAUCGCCACAUGGCUCAUGCACGAGCUCAAGCGCCUCCCGAAGUAG